CGCGAACUGCAGGAAGCGGAGUUUGGGCUACGGAAGCGAUCCACGCGGGUUUGAAGACGGGGUCGCCUGCGGUGCCUGGCUCCCGCACGAUGGAGAUUGAUGCCGGGUAUGAAUUUCUUGUUUUCCACCAUUUUAGACCACCUAGAUCGGGCGACCGGAGAAGUGGGUUCGAUCCAUUGGCAGUGUUUGGCAUGCGGAGUUUGAUCGGGACGGGAGUCUACGGGCGAUGCUUUGGCCUUGAUUUUGGCGUCUCGUUCGGCCGGGUUCGUUUGCGCCUGGGGGUUUGUUUGUGUUGCGGAUUCUGUUCGUCUGUCUUUGAGAACCCUUUUAGCUUCUUUUCUUGUUGUAUUUGGCGUUCACCUGCGGUUGGGAGUCUCGACCAGACCGGUCUCAUCGUUCCUUUCUUUUUUCUUCUAUUAUUUAUCUUCUUCUGGGGCAUCGGUUCUUUUGACUCUGCCGCCAUUUUCGAUAUCAAUUUCAGUUCUAGCCGCGACUCGGACCUGGGGCCGAGUCCAUUUUCAUCCGUCUUUCUUCUAUUCUUAUACCAGUAUACCUUGCUGCAGCGUUGUGGAGUGUGAUUUCCUUGUUGAUCUUGAAAUUGUAUCUUUGAAUUUCCUGUUGGCCAUCGGAUGGAGCUUGGUAAUUCGUGGAGUAUGUGUAUGUCCC